CCUGUAUUGAAUCAGUACUGUACUCUUUGCUGUAACUUUCUUAUAAAGGGAGGGGAAAUACGACUACCUGCAACACAAACUUUUUUUUUAGGUCUUUCAGCUGUUGAUUUGCUAAGAAAUGCCCCCCAGGACUGUUAAGAUGGCUAUAGCAAACACACUGGAAGACCUGAGUAAGCAGGACUUUGAAAAGUUCCGCCACCAGCUUCUGGACCGCAGAGAACAGCCGCGGGUCAGACGCAAUAUGGUGGAAGAUAAAAACUUUUUAGAUGUCACAGACGUCCUGGUUUCAACCUUUACCGAGUCCGGAGCUCUUCGGGUGGCUGUGGAAAUACUGAGACAAAUCGGCUGCAACGAGGAGGCACAGACACUCGCUGCAAGACCAUCAGCAGGAGCCAUCAUGGUGGGAAAAGAAAUGGCCCCCAAAACCAUAAGAAAGGCAAUAGCAGACGCGCUGGAGGACUUAUCAAAAGAUAACUUUGAUAAGUUCUGCCGCCAGCUCUUGGACCGCAGAGAAGAACCCCGGGUCAGAAGAAAUAAGGUGGAGGGUAAAAGCUUUUUAGACAUCGCAGACAUCCUGGUUUCCACUUUUACCGAACGCAGAGCUGUCACCGUUACCGCCGAGCUGUUGAAACAGAUUGAUUGCCACUGUGAAGCAGACUCACUCGAGGAUGAUGUACGUGAAGAAACCCCACCACCCUCACAACCUGGUCCCAGUGACACCUCUUUACAGUUUGUGGAGAAACAUAAAGUGGAGUUGUUUAAGAGAGUGAGCAACACUGCACCCAUUCUGGAUGAGCUAUUCGACAAAAAUGUCCUCCAACCAGAGAUUUAUGAAAAAAUCAGGGCUCUGGCUACCUCUCAGGAGAAGAUGAGAGAAAUCUACCUAUGUUGCCUGAAAGGUGGUGAAGCCUGCAAAAACAUCUUAUAUGAAAUCCUUGAGAGAAAUGAGCCAUAUCUAAUUGCUGACCUCAAGGAAAAGAAGUAAAUGUUGUGGUGAAAUCUACGGAAGCACAUUGCAUUCACCAAAGAAAAAAAAAUUGGAAGCCUUAUCUCAUAAUUUCGAGAUUCUGAUGUCGUAAUUAUGAGAAAAGAUCUCGUAAUUAGAGAUGACUGGAAAGGUGCCAUUUAUUACUGAGUUCAGUAAAGUUGGAAAUAUAUUCACAGAUUCGAGCUUCCAGGAUCAAUAACUCGUAAGCAAAACGUGUUAAAAACACAAACGACGCCUCUUUACCAUCGUAGUUAAGUAGACAACAAGCUACAAGUACAUUUUCACAUAAAAGAGUCUUCCUAGGAUCGGCACAAAUAACAUUGGUCUGUACGUGCAGCCAGCUGUGAGACGAGUGCGCAGGGACCGUCUACAAAGUGCAACACCGAAAACACAUUCUGCAGAGAUAUUCAAUAACUUCACACUUAUACAAUAUAGUGCCCCCAAAAUCACCUUACACAUUAAUGAUAUACUGCUGGUUUUACUACAACACUUAGUUUGGGGGGAAAAAAGACUUUUGCAUACCUAAUAUUAGGUAGGUCGAUUUUUCUCACAGCUGGCUGCACAUAGAAAUAAAAUAGUUAUUUAUGCAGCUCCUAGGAAGACUCAUUUAUGUGACAAUGUACUUGUAGCUUGUUGUCUACUUAACUACGAUAAUAAAGAGGCGUCAGUUUGCUUAUGAGUUAUUGAUCCCGGAAGCUUGAAUCUGUAAAUAUAGGCUGUUUCCAACUUUACCAUUAUCUAGUAAUUACGAGAUCCGGAUCUCAUAAUUUCGAGAUCUUAUCUCGUAAUUAUGACAUCUUUUCUCGUAAUUAUGAGAUAAGGCUUCCAAUUUUUUUUUCUCUUCCGUAGAAAUUCAUUUUCAGAUUUCAUAACAUUUUUAGUCUACCUGAACACAAAAUGUUUUUAUACAUUAACUCUGUGGAAAUUCUUUGUGGGGGUUUUCUUUAAAAAAAUAUAUUUCCAUGCAUGUUAAUGUUUAAGCUGCCCCUAAUUAUUGCCCCCUCUUAAAUUACUUGAAAUUUGUAUGGUAUGUGGUGCCUUGCCUGCCCUGAUCAGUGAGGCUCAUUUACUUGCUUCAUUUAAAUGAGAUGUGAUUUCAUGUACGGUUUAAAACCAGAUUCAGCUAAUGUUUAUCAGACAAUCAUGUCAGAAAUAAUAAUUAAGGAUCUCCCUAGACAUGUAAUGUUUUUAUCCAACAAAUAGCAAAUGGAUUAAGAGUCUGUUUUUAACCUAAUUAUUUUAUGUAAAUUAUAACAGAUGCUAAAAGAUUGUUUUAUCACUUUUAUUCUGCCCAAUAAGAUUUAGUUUAUAUUUGGAAGGUCACUGAAAAUGUUUUAUAUUUUUGAAAUUUACAUAAAUUGAAUUAAAUCUUCUGAUUGCUA